UGAACUUCCAAUUCAGUUAUAAUUUCGUCGCUCUAACCGCCAACACGGUCCGACGGCUGAACGUGGAGACGUGUUUUUAGUUUACUAAUAGCCCGUAGUCAACUGCUCGUUUGUUUUAACCAAAAACCGAAUGGCUUUAGUUUGAUUGCUUAAUUCAUUUUCAAAUAUCGAUCUGAUUGGAUUCAGUCCACCUUGAAGUUGGGAUCGAUUUAAUAGCCCUCGCGAUUGCAUUUCAAACAAGCCGAAGGCUUCUCAGCACCACCUGAACGAACGUGUGGGUGGUUGGUUUCCUUCUUUUUUUUUUAUAUAAUCUGGAACAUUUUCGACAACUUCUCGUGUGCGAAGCUACAUAGUGGCAUUGGUUUGAUGCGGCCGACACGCGUUUCCCCAACAGCCGGAGCACAUGUGCGGGUUACAUUUUAGGACGCGUAACAGUCCGUCUCAGAAGACGUCCCUCCGCUGGGGCGACUGCUGUCUAGCCUAGUCUAGUCUAGUGUUUCGACCGUCUAGUGUGCGAGUUCCUUGGCCGGAGACCUCAUCCUCGAUUUCGAUUCCCUCGCGACUCACUGCUACGGUGCACAGCCCGCAUCCACCAAGAGCCCUUUUGGAGCAGGAAAUGUUGCAUAAGUCGAGGCGCAUUUGAUUGGCGCGCUUCUUUGAUUGCCGUCGCUAAGCUUCAGAAUCGAAAAUUGGCGUCCGCUUGAACUUGGCGCACAAAUCGCAAGACAGAGCCGAAAGGUCAAACCCAUUCCGAGAGUAUUUGGUUACAGCAGCGCGUGGAGAGCCGUGAUUUUCGUAGCCAAGGACACGACUGAACUGCAAGGAUGAUCAAUAUCGCUGGCGUUGUGAGCAUCGUGCUCUUCUACCUCCUGAUCCUGGUCGUGGGCAUUUGGGCCGGUCGCAAGAAGCAGUCCGGCAAUGAUUCGGAGGAGGAGGUCAUGCUGGCCGGACGCUCCAUCGGCCUCUUUGUGGGCAUCUUCACCAUGACGGCCACCUGGGUGGGUGGCGGCUACAUCAACGGCACGGCGGAGGCUAUAUACACAUCGGGUCUGGUGUGGUGUCAAGCUCCAUUUGGAUACGCUCUAAGCUUGGUAUUUGGUGGCAUCUUCUUUGCCAAUCCCAUGCGCAAGCAGGGUUACAUCACCAUGCUGGAUCCGCUGCAGGAUUCCUUUGGUGAACGAAUGGGAGGAUUGCUCUUCCUGCCCGCUCUCUGCGGCGAGGUCUUUUGGGCAGCCGGCAUCCUGGCUGCACUUGGAGCCACUCUGUCGGUGAUCAUCGACAUGGAUCACCGCACCUCGGUGAUCCUGUCAUCCUGCAUCGCCAUCUUCUACACACUGUUCGGUGGUCUCUACUCCGUGGCGUAUACGGACGUCAUCCAGUUGUUCUGCAUCUUUAUCGGUCUCUGGAUGUGCAUUCCCUUCGCCUGGAGCAACGAGCACGUGGGCAGCCUCAGUGACCUGGAGGUGGAUUGGAUUGGGCACGUGGAGCCUAAAAAGCAUUGGCUGUACAUAGACUACGGUUUGCUGCUCGUCUUUGGUGGCAUUCCCUGGCAGGUCUACUUCCAGCGGGUGCUGUCCAGCAAAACGGCAGGAAGGGCCCAGCUUCUGUCCUAUGUUGCGGCCGCCGGAUGCAUUUUGAUGGCCAUUCCCCCGGUGCUCAUCGGAGCGAUUGCCAAGGCCACACCUUGGAACGAGACAGAUUACAAGGGACCCUAUCCCCUGACCGUGGACGAGACGAGCAUGAUUCUGCCCAUGGUGCUGCAGUACCUCACGCCCGACUUCGUGUCCUUCUUUGGACUGGGCGCUGUUUCUGCCGCCGUGAUGUCCUCCGCCGACUCCUCGGUGCUCUCCGCCGCCUCCAUGUUCGCCCGGAACGUGUACAAAUUGAUUUUCCGUCAGAAGGCGUCCGAGAUGGAAAUCAUUUGGGUGAUGCGAGUCGCCAUCAUUGUGGUGGGCAUCCUGGCCACCAUCAUGGCCCUCACCAUUCCCUCCAUCUACGGCUUGUGGUCCAUGUGCUCGGAUCUCGUCUACGUCAUCCUGUUCCCGCAGCUACUGAUGGUGGUGCACUUCAAGAAGCACUGCAACACGUACGGCAGCCUGUCGGCAUACAUUGUGGCCCUGGCCAUCCGACUGUCGGGCGGUGAGGCCAUCUUGGGACUGGCUCCGUUGAUCAAGUAUCCGGGAUACGAUGAGGAGACCAAGGAGCAGAUGUUCCCCUUCCGCACCAUGGCCAUGCUGCUCAGCCUGGUCACGCUCAUCUCGGUCUCCUGGUGGACCAAAAUGAUGUUCGAGUCCGGCAAGUUGCCGCCCAGCUACGACUACUUCCGUUGCGUGGUCAACAUUCCGGAGGAUGUGCAGCGUGUGGGCGAUCCCUCGGAGUCGGGUGAGCAGCUAUCCGUGAUGGCUGGACCACUGGCCCGAUCCUACGGAGCGGCCACCAUGGCGGGCAAGGAUGAGCGCAAUGGCCGCAUCAAUCCCGCCCUGGAAUCGGACGACGAUCUGCCGGUGGCGGAGGCACGUCGCAUCAACCAGGAGACGGCGCAGGCGCAGGUCAAAAAGAUGCUGGAUAAUGCCACUGGGGUGAAGCCGUCGGGCGGAGGAGGUGGCCACCUCCAGAGCCAAAGCGGGAUGGCCAUGCCCACGGCGGAGCAGGACAAUACGGCCUUCUGAGCGGAGUAGCGGAGAAUCCCAUGGCAUCUGGGCAGCUGAAUGCCCGAAAAUAGGCUGCAGUUGAUACCAGAGAAUUAUCCGAUUUUAUGUUGCGCUUGUUAGGGGGACACAAAUGGGGGAAGUUGGGGUCAUCAUCGGAUCGUGGAACGGAGUACAGAAAGUAUUAGGAAACGUACGUUAAACACACAAGUGCUCAGGUAAAAAGUGCAGAAAGCUGAUCGUAAGGUUUACAUUUUCAUUUAGCCAACAUAUUGUGUAUAGUUUCUACAAGCUUAAAGCGUUGUUCUAUCGGUAUUCAUUUUGAUGUUAGAGUAUCUAUCUAUCUAUGUGUAAAUGUUCAGAAGUCAAUUGACGACGAAUACAUAUCAACUGCAUUUUCCUAGCCCGAGAAUGGCCCAGGAACACGUAUUAACCCAGAAGGAAUUGGCCCAGUUUAAAGAGGCUAUGGAAUUAGGUGACGAGCAUUUGAGCAAUAUGAAUUGGCAUUCCUGGCAUUAGCAUAUCGAUCAUAUACUAUACUAUAUAGAUGCAUACAAUGUGAAUCAUGUGUCCUUCCAGAACGAACAAAGCUAAGCAAAACUAACUAACUAACAAACCAAUGCAAACGAAACAUAUCAAAAAAGAAGCAAGGAAGUAUAUCAAUAUACAUAUCACUCGUAUAUAGGAAAAUCGGGGUAUAAAAAACAUCCACUAUAUCCAAACAGUAGUCGUGUAAGUGGGCGAAAACGAGGCAUAUCGAGUUAUAUAGGAAUGAAUUUUAGCUGCUCUCAAAGAGCAAAAACCACAAGGUACAUACAUGGCAGUUGAGGCACAGGAAUGCAGAUACAUAUAUAUAUAUAUAUAAAACAAGUUGCGUCGUAGUACCUAAAUAUAUACCUAUACAAAUCAUAUACACAAGCAUAUAUAUACAUGCAUAUCUAGAAGCCAGCCACUGAAUUUAGAGAGUUAUACCCAAAGGAAACACCCACACCCACUGACCCACGAACCUGCUAAAGAACCAUUGGCAAAGGGAGUUUCCGAUCUACAUACAUAUAUAGACAAACACACGCUGCCUGAACCCCAAACCUCAAAUCCCAACCUUUGAUCUCAAAGUUACUCGCAGAUACAAUGCCCAUUUUGCAGAUAUAGUUUACCAAGAGAUGGGCGUUGGUUCCUUCACUUCAAAGUCACUCGGCUCGUUUGUUGCUCUUUCGAUCCCUUGGAAAGAACUAAUCCAAAUCCAAAUCUAAAUCUGAAAACUGAAUAACUAAACUAAUAUGCGUAACUAACUUGGUAACAUACUAACAUACAACUCAUUGAAUUGUAAUAAAUGUUGACUGCUUUUUGAUUGAGCCUCGUAUGUUUGUUGUAACGGGGUCGAGUUUUUUAACGUUUACAUAAGUGAAACUAACUAAAAGAAGAUUUUGAGUCCAUUUAGGAUUAUCUAACUACCAUAUGAGCAUAUCAAGCAUAUCCGUUCGUUGUUAUUGUUAUUAUCUCUUGCAUCAGAUCUGAGUGUGUCAAUUUCGAUGGCGUUUGAAUCCGUUUAACUAAGGACUACAAUUUGACUAAAUUUCCACAGAGAUCCUACAUAAAACGUAUGUUAAUUAAGUGUGUGUGUUUGUAUACCAUGUUUCGCGUUUCUUUGUGCAGUUGACCAGGUUUGUAAAUAAGCAAAUUAUAGUUACUCGAAUCGUUUGUAAAGUUACUAUCAACUAAACCAAAACCACCAAAUAAUUUAUGCAUUCAACUGCGAUGACUUACUUCGCUUGGUUAAAACAAACAGUCGAAACGAUUCUGUUUUGCAAUUAGUUAAAUAUAUACUCGUACCUACUUCUGUUAUUGUUAACCAAACUUGGUCCAUCACUCCAAGUUAUCUUAGUGGCAUUAUGUUAACCGAACUAAAUGAAAUUAAAUAAAAAAAAAUACAAAAACAAAUGAAUAGGACGAAGGGUUACGAUAUACAUGAUGUAUUAAAUUUAAACUAAACCGAAUACAUAUCAAUGUUUUAAGCAUAGCGAAAUGGAAUAAAUCGAAAAAAAGGUAUUUAAUAAAUAAAAGGUAUAUAUAUCUACA